AUGAGAGGAAUUGUGACUCAGACUAAGAAGAAGGGUCGGACUCUCACGAUUGAAGAGAAGAAUAAUAUUUUCCUUCAGUGUACUGAAUUCGAUCAAAAAGGUAAUCCUUUUGGAAUAGGUGGACUAUCUCAGAAGUUCAACAAAGAAAAGAGGAAGAUAAGCUAUGAAACCUCUCCUGCACCUAAACUAGCAGAGAUGCAAGAAGAGCUUAAAUCUGCUUGUCUUAAGCUAGCUGAGCAUGAUGAAGAGAAUAAGCGACGUGAUGAGGAGCUAAAGGAGCUAACGCAAAGUCAUGCUCGGAUCUCUGAACUGGAGAAACUCCUCUCGUUUUGA